AUGAACGAACUAUGCCCUUUUCAUCCUAAACAUGAUAUUUAUGCUAUUCAUGAACAAAUGAAAAAUAAAAUUUCUGAUUAUGAUUGGGAAUGUCAAAUGUGUGGUAAACGAUUCUACACAGAAAAUACAUUUGAUUUACAUAUUGGCAAUAGACAUGAAACAAAUGCUUAUAGUACCAGUCGUACAAUUUGUUUAUCGUCCUAUUGUUCGUUACUUCGUUGUUCUGUACUAAAACCAGAUAUUGAUUAUGGUUAUCAAGUGUUUUGGGAUGAAGCAUUAUGUGAUCCAAAGUCGUUUGAAGCUAUUUCAAAGCAAUGUGAGGACAUCUUGAAUAAAUGUACACCAUCUGGAAAUGACAGUAGCAGUACACAAAUACGUCAACUACUUCAAACUACAUUAUGUGAUCAGUUAUCUUGUGAUCGAUAUUGGAUUUUACCAGAUUCACAUAUUCAAACUUCUGUAUGGGAAAAAUUACUCACUGCAUUUAUCGUAACAUCUGGUUUAUUGACUUAUUAUUCUGUAAUAUUUAUGAGAUUAAGUUCAUCGUUCUGUCGUUUACGUAUUUCCAGUCUUUCUAUUCCACGAAGCAGUAAAAAAGCAUUUCGAUCCUAUUAA